CAGCGGCGGCAAGGGGGUCGGCGGCUCCAGCAGCGGCAAGGGGGUCGGCGGCUCCAGCAGCGGCAAGGUAAACACUGGCACAAGCACUAGCACCAAAGGCGGAGGCGGAACCACAGGCAAAGGCACAGGCUCCCUCGGCGACAAACCCCCCAGCUACGCCUCACUCUACCCGGACCGCUCCGGCACCAGCGUCAGCGCCAGACCCGUUGGCACCGGCGACUCGUCGCGCGCAUACAGUCCGCCACCGGCAUACUCUGCCAACGCCAAUUACAUGCCGAUUAAUCGCGGCCAGACCCUGCCCCCCUAUUCAUUUUCUUCUAGUUCUCCCGCCGUGUACUAUGCGUCGACGUCGCGCAGUGUGUAUCCGGGUGCUUGGGGCUACGGGUUUUAUCCGAUUUACCCCUACCCUUACUGGGCAUACGGAUCGGGCUCUUGGACUGGCGGAUCCUAUUAUACGGGCCAGUAUAACCAUGGACUCAACAGGUACAGCAGCGAGCUCCGCAACACCACUGACAUAUUCAACACGGAUAACAAGAACAUUACGUUUACGGACUUUAACAACGGCACAAUUGAGAUUCAGCCAUGCGGCAAUUGGUCCAGCUCUGAUCUCCAAGUCAAAGAUUCGGACUGUGGAUUUAUUGUUCUGGACCUGCGUAAUGGCGCUGUGGUCCAGGGUAAUGCCAGGGCGGAGGUGCGCGAUGAGAUUACGUUUUUCCAGUUAAGCCUGGGUAACAGGACGAGCACCCUGAGGACCCAGACUAUUUCGAGCACGGAAAAGUCAGUGAAGGCUGGGCCGGUUGCUGGAAUUGUCGUUGGAGUGGUUGCGUUCAUAUGUAUUGUUGCCGGUGUCAUUUGGUGGAGCAUACGCCGGAAAAGAACUAUUUAAUCAUUGAAGUAGACUGCGCUUCAUUUUGUAAAUUAGUGAUAUUUAUUUUUGAUACCUUUUUUAUUAUCUUUAACAUAAAUACAAGUGUCCCUUUUGCAGACGCCAGUGUUGGUGAGGCAAUGCGGCUUGUUUGUGACGUGGCUAUUAUUGCACAGUGGGCAUGGCACCGCAAAAAGGUCAAGCAGGAUUAGUAAUUGUGAAUGUUU